AUGCAUCACAUUAUCUCCGACGGAUGGUCUGUGGACAUCCUACAGCGGGAGCUGGCUAGCUUCUACGCCGCUGCGGUGCGCGGGGAAGAUCCACUAAUGCGAGUGACCCCGCUUCCGAUCCAAUACUGCGAUUUCUCCGUCUGGCAGAGAGAGGCAACUCAAGCUGAGGAGCAGGAGCGUCAGCUGGCGUACUGGAAGCAACAGUUAGAUGGUAGCCGGCCCGCAGAGCUGCUCAGCGACAAGCCACGGCCGGCCGUAUCGUCUGGCAAGGCGGGCGUCCACGAGGUCAUGAUCGAGGGCGCGUUAUACAAUAACCUCCAGGCCUUCUGCAAGACUCACCAAGCUACACCGUUUGCCGUGCUCCUGGCGGCCUUCCGGGCGACUCACUAUCGACUGACAGGAGUCGAAGACGCCACGAUCGGCACACCGAUCGCCAACCGGAAUCGACAGGAGCUUGAGGACCUGGUCGGCUUCUUUGUCAACAUGCAGUGUAUUCGGAUCCAUGUAGAAGACGAGUCAUUUGAGGCGCUCGUUGACCAUGUGCUUGCGACUACCGCGGCCGCGGCCGCGCAUCAGGAUCUGCCGUUUGAGAGGCUCGUUGCGGAGCUCCGCCCAGGGGCGCGUGACCUGUCCCGCCAUCCCCUGGUGCAAAAUAUAUUCGCGGUCCACUCCCAGACAGAUAUGGGUUACUUGCGCCUCGAAGGCGUCCGAACAGAAGCAGUAGGAGAUACGAGGACCACUCGCUUCGAUAGCGAGUUCCAUUUCUUCACCGAAGACGGGCGCCUGCGUGGCACGAUCCUGUACGCCGAGGAUCUGUUCGAAGAGGCGUCAGUCCGCAGCAUGGCAAGCGUGUUCUUGGAACUACUCGAGCAGGGACUUCGGGAUCCCUCGAUUGAAAUUGCUACUGCAUCGCUGACCCAUGGGGUCUUCGCCCUGCGGAAGGUCGGUUUGACACGCAUUGAGCGCACCGACUACCCGCGAGACUCAAGCGUGCCCGAGCUCUUCCGCCAGCAGGUGUCAGCGUCCCCGGACGCGAUUGCGGUGAAGGACUCAACCACGCAGCUCACAUACGCCGAGCUGGAUGAGACCUCCGAUCGCGUGGCUUGUUGGCUCAUGCAGCGCGGCUUGGCGGCGGAGAGUCUGGUGGCGAUUUUGGCGCUGCGCUCAUGCCAGGCUAUUAUCGCCCUCCUUGGCAUCCUAAAGGCGAACCUAGCAUAUGUGCCACUGGACGUGAACCUGCCGCUGGCACGCUUAAAGAGCACUUUGAGGUCGGUAGCCGGAGACAAGCUGGUCUUGAUUGGCACCGGGGUCGAGCGACCGGCCUCUCAGCUCUCAGGUAUCGCCUUGGUACCCAUCUCGGAGGCGCUGGAGUACGCGCCCAAAGCCUCGCAAACUAUGGCGCCGCUGCUGCCACCCCCCGGGGCCACCAGCCUCGCGUAUGUCAUGUUUACCUCCGGCUCGACGGGCCGACCCAAGGGGGUAAUGGUCGAGCAUCGCAGCAUUGUCCGUCUGGUCAGAAACACGAACGUAGUUCCGCAGCUGCAUGCCGCAACAAACGUGGCUCACGUCGCCAACCUUGCGUUUGACGCAGCUACGUGGGAGAUCUACGCCCCCUUGCUGAAUGGCGGUACUAUUAUCUGCGUAGAUCACUUUACCGUCCUUGACGUCCCGGCCCUCGGCCGCCUAUUCGAGGCCGAGGCCGUUCGAGCCGCUAUGCUGACUCCAGCGCUCCUAAAGCAGUGUUUGACCGAUGCACCUUCCGCGCUGUCGCUACUCAACACGCUCUUCGCUAUCGGAGACCGCUUCGAUCCGAGUGACGCGGACCAGGUCAGGCGCCUUGUCUCCGGCGACGUGAUCAACGGAUACGGCCCAACCGAGAAUACGACCUUUAGCGCCAUCUACCAUAUUCCGGCUCAUGAGCGGGGUGUCAACGGCAUACCGAUCGGGCGCGCUAUAAGUAACUCAGGAGCGCUUGUCAUGGACGCUCGGCAAAACCUGGUCCCACUCGGGGUGAUGGGCGAACUUGUGGUCACGGGUGAUGGCUUGGCCCGUGGCUAUACUGACCCGGCGCUUGAUCAAGACCGCUUCAUUAAGGUGACCGUGGACGGAGAGACAAUAAAGGCCUACCGCACGGGCGAUCGGGUCCGCCACCGCCCGACCGAUGGCCAGCUCGAGUUCUUCGGGCGGCUGGACCACCAGAUCAAGUUGCGUGGCAACAGAAUCGAGCUCGGCGAGGUCGAGCACGCUAUCCGGUGUGAUGGCGCUGUUGACGAAGCCGUCACGCUGCUACGUACUGCCGAAGGUGAAGACCCUGAGCUCGUUAGUUUCAUCACGCUCCACUCAGAUAAGACGCAAGCUCUGCCGAACGGACAUACUUCGACUGCGGAUGAGGAAGCGGAACAGGUAGGAGCGUGGGCGGAUCACUUUGACGCAGGUACCUAUGCCGACGUCGAGACCAUCGACCCGGCGCGCCUGGGUCGGGACUUCGUCGGCUGGACAUCUAUGUAUGAUGGAAGCACCAUUGACCGUGGCGAGAUGAAUGAGUGGCUGGAAGACACCAUGGCUGCCAUCGAGGCCGGCGGUCAUCCAGCAAAGGUCUGCGAGAUCGGUACCGGCACGGGCAUGAUCCUCUUCAACCUCCCCGACAGUCUGCAGAGCUACGUUGGGCUCGAUCCGUCUGCCACCGCCGUUGCGUUUGUGAAGCGCAUGGCCGCGGCACAUCCGACCUUCGCGGGCAAGGUGCAGCUACAUGUCGGCGCAGCCACCGACCUGGGGCAAAUAGGCCCACUGAACUCUCCAGACGUUAUUGUGAUUAACUCGGUGGCGCAGUACUUCCCGACUGCGGAGUAUUUGUCCGACACUGUGGCCCAGCUCCUACAAGUCGACGGAGUGCAGCGUGUGUUCUUCGGCGACAUACGCUCGUGGGCCCUGUACCGUGAGUUCGGCACUACCAAGGCGCUACACGCGCUUGGAGAUGCCACGACAAAGGAAGCAGUCCGGGCGCAUCUAGCAAGCACCGAGGAGACCGAGGAAGAGUUAUUGGUGGAUCCUGCCUUCUUCACUCGCCUGCCCGCCCUGCUACCUAAUGCAGUGUCGCACGUCGAGAUCCUGCCAAAGAGGAUGGAGGCGACGAACGAGCUGAGCUGCUACCGCUAUGCCGCAGUCAUCCACGCUCGACACUCCGGUACACCUCCACCGCAGGUCCUCGAUGUAGAGGCAUGGACCGACUUCGCCGCGGCGGGGCUUGACCGUGAGGGGUUGCGGCGUCUACUUCACACAUUCGCGGAGUCACAACUGCUGGCGGUCAGCAACAUCGCCAACGUCAAAACCGCCGUCGAGCGGCAUGUCAUUGACUCGCUGGAUGCCGAGGGUGAGGACGCACUAGUGGGCGAGAAGGGCGGUUGGCUGUCAUCUGCGCGCGAGUCGGCACGCCACUGCUGUGCUCUGUCCGCCCUUGACCUUGACAACCUCGCCAGAGAGGCAGGCUUCCGGGUCGAGAUCAGCUGGGCCCGUCAGCGCUCCCUCCGGGGCGGCCUCGAUGCCGUCUUCCAUCGCAUGGAGGGCCUACGACCACUAUUCCGCUUCCCUACCGACCACGAGACCUGCCGGGAGGACUCGCUUGCCAAUCACCCGCUCCGCCGGCAGCUGAGCCAGAAGAUCGAGGGCCACCUCCGGGCGGCGCUGCAGGCGGCGCUCCCGGCCUACAUGGUGCCGUCCAGAAUCCAAGUCUUGGACCGAAUGCCUCUGAACGCCAACGGUAAAGUCGACCGACGUGCGCUGGCGACGAGGGCGCUAGGAGACGCGACAGGACGGGGCCCACGAGAGGUGGUUCCUGCGCGCAACGACGUGGAGCGCGCGCUGUGCGAAGAGUUCGGGCAUGUGCUCGGGCUAGAGGUCGGCAUCACAGAUAAUUUCUUCGAUCUCGGCGGCCAUUCACUUAUGGCCACGCGCGUGGUGUCGCGCGUGAAUCGGCGACUUCAUGUCACGAUGACAGUGAGGGAGGUCUUCGACGCCCCGCGCGUGUCUGAUUUCGCACAACGGGUGGCGCACGCCCUCGGUGCUACUCCAUAUCUGCCUAUUCCGCGGACACUUCUUAGUGGACCCGUCGUCCAGUCAUUUGCGCAGGGUCGCUUAUGGUUCCUCGACCGCCUGUACCCGGACUCCACUUGGUAUCUGAUGCCAUUCGCGACCCGCCUUCGCGGCCCCCUGCAGCUCUCGGCGCUUGGCAAAGCGCUCCAGGCGCUUGAAGAGCGCCAUGAGCCAUUACGCACUGUGUUCGGCCAGCGCGAGGGAACAGACGUACAGCUUGUCCGACCCUUCGUCGCCCGGCCCCUACGCACUGUCAAUAUCCCCGGCGGCGACUGGGCCACCGUGACACAAGCUCUGCGGGAUGAGCACACUACACCAUUCGAUCUCGAGAACGAGCCCGGAUGGCGCGUCGCCGUCUUCAGCCUAGGGCCAGAUGACCACGUACUUUCUAUGGUGAUGCAUCACAUUAUCUCCGACGGAUGGUCUGUGGACAUCCUGCAACGGGAGCUGGCUAGCUUCUACGCCACUGCGGUGCGCGGCGAAGAUCCACUAAUGCGAGUGACCCCGCUUCCGAUCCAAUACCGCGAUUUCUCCGUCUGGCAGAGAGAGGCAACUCAAGCUGAGGAGCAGGAGCGUCAGCUGGCGUACUGGAAGCAACAGUUAGAUGGUAGCCGGCCCGCAGAGCUGCUUAGCGACAAGCCACGACCGGCCGUAUCGUCUGGCAAGGCGGGCGUCCACGAGGUCAUGAUCGAGGGCGCGUUAUACAAUAACCUCCAGUCCUUCUGCAAGACUCACCAAGCUACACCGUUUGCCGUGCUCCUGGCGGCCUUCCGGGCGACUCACUAUCGACUGACAGGAGUCGAAGACGCCACGAUCGGCACACCGAUCGCCAACCGGAACCGACAGGAGCUUGAGGACCUGGUCGGCUUCUUUGUUAACAUGCAGUGUAUUCGGAUCCAUGUAGAAGACGAGUCGUUUCAGUCACUCGUUGCACAAGUGCUCGCGACAACAGCGGCCGCGGCCGCGCAUCAGGAUCUGCCAUUUGAGAGGCUCGUUGCGGAGCUCCGCCCGGGGGCGCGUGACCUGUCCCGCCAUCCCCUGGUUCAGAACGUGUUUGCGGUCCACUCACAGAAAGACAUCGGGUAUCUCCGCCUCGAAGGAGUGCAGACAGAGCCGGUGGGAGAAACGACCUCUACCCGCUUCGACAGCGAGUUUCACUUUUUUACUGAACAAGGGCGCUUGCGCGGCACGAUCAUGUACGCCGAGGAUCUGUUCGAAGAGACAUCAGUCCGCAGCAUGGCCAGCGUAUUCCUUGAACUUCUCCAAGAGGGACUUCGGAUCCCCUCAAUGAACCUCGCUACUGCGCCACUGUCGCACGGACUAUCAGCCCUACGCGACCUGGGUCUAACAGGCCUCGAACGAACCGACUAUCCGCGAGACUCAAGCGUGCCAGAGCUUUUCCGCCAGCAGGUGUUACGGUCCCCAGAUGUGAUCGCCGUCAAGGACGCAGUCACACAGCUCACAUACACCGAGUUGAAUGAGCACUCAGAUCGCCUGGCUUGUUGGCUCGCGCAGCGCGGCUUACCAGCGGAGAGCCUGGUGGCAGUUUUGGCGCUACGAUCAUGCCAGGCUAUUAUCGCCCUCCUCGGCAUCCUAAAGGCCAACCUGGCGUACCUUCCGCUGGAUGUCAAUAUGCCCCUGGGUCGCCUUGAGAGCAUUGUGAAGUCGGUGGGUGGGGAACAACUGGUCCUGCUUGGGGCAGGGGUCGAGCGGCCGGCCUCUCGUGUGGAGGGUGUUGCAUUCGUAUCUAUCGCAGAGACGCUAGAGGGUGCACCCAGACCCUGGAAGAGCAUAGUGCCAAUGCUCUCAGCCCCCGGGGCCACGAGCCUAGCCUAUGUCAUGUUCACUUCCGGCUCGACGGGCCGGCCCAAGGGCGUGAUGGUCGAGCAUCGUAGCAUUGUCCGCCUGGUGAGGAACACAAAUGUAGUUCCGCAGCUGCAUGCCGCAACAAACGUGGCUCACGUCGCCAACCUUGCGUUUGACGCAGCCACGUGGGAGAUCUACGCCCCCUUGCUGAAUGGCGGUACCAUUAUCUGCAUAGAUCACUUUACCGUCCUUGACGUCCCGGCCCUCGGCCGCCUAUUCGAGGCCGAGGCCGUUCGAGCCGCCAUGCUGACUCCAGCGCUCCUAAAGCAGUGUUUGACCGAUGCACCUUCUGCGCUGUCGCUACUCAACACGCUCUUCGCUAUCGGAGACCGCUUCGAUCCAAGUGACGCGGACCAGGUCAGGCGCCUUGUCUCCGGCGACGUGAUCAACGGAUACGGCCCAACCGAGAAUACGACCUUUAGCGCCAUCUACCACAUUCCGGCUCAUGAGCGGGGUGUCAACGGCAUACCGAUCGGCUGCGCUAUUAGUAACUCGGGAGCGCUCGUUAUGGACGCUCGACAACGCCUGGUCCCGCUCGGGGUGAUGGGCGAGCUCGUGGUCACGGGUGAUGGCUUGGCCCGCGGUUAUACUGACCCGACACUCAAUCAAGACCGGUUUAUCGAAGUGACCGUGGGCGGAGAGAUACUAAAGGCCUAUCGUACGGGCGAUCGGGUCCGCCACCGCCCGACCGAUGGCCAGCUCGAGUUCUUCGGGCGGCUGGACCACCAGAUCAAACUGCGUGGCAACAGAAUCGAGCUCGGCGAGGUCGAGCACGCUAUCCGACGCGAUACCGCUGUUGAUGAAGCUGUCGCGCUGCUACGUACUGCCGAAGGUGAAGACCCUGAGCUCGUCAGCUUUAUCACGCUCCACCCAGAUAGGACACAAGCUCUGCCGAACGGACACACUUCGACUGCGGACGAGGAGGCAGAACAGGUAGGAGCGUGGGCGGAUCACUUUGACGCAGGCACCUAUGCCGACGUUGAGACCAUCGACCCGGCGCGCCUGGGUCGGGACUUCGUCGGCUGGACAUCCAUGUAUGAUGGGAGCACCAUUGACCGUGGCGAGAUGAAUGAGUGGCUGGACGACACUAUGGCUGCCAUCGAGGCCGGCGGCCGACCAGCAAACGUCUGCGAGAUCGGUACCGGCACGGGUAUGAUCCUCUUCAACCUCCCCGACAGUCUGCAGAGCUACGUCGGACUCGAUCCAUCUGCCGCCGCCGUUGCGUUUGUGAAGCGCAUGGCCGCGGCACAUCCGACCUUCGCGGGCAAGGUGCAGCUACAUGUCGGCGCAGCCACCGACCUGGGGCAAAUAGGCCCACUGAACUCUCCAGACGUUAUUGUGAUUAACUCGGUGGCGCAGUACUUCCCGACUGCGGAGUAUUUGUCCGACACUGUGGCCCAGCUCCUACAAGUCGACGGAGUGCAGCGUGUGUUCUUCGGCGACAUACGCUCGUGGGCCCUGUACCGUGAGUUCGGCACUACCAAGGCACUACACGCGCUUGGAGAUGCCACGACAAAGGAAGCAGUCCGGGCGCAUCUAGCAAGCACUGAGGAGGCCGAGGAAGAGUUAUUGGUGGAUCCUGCCUUCUUCACUCGCCUGCCCGCCCUGCUACCCAAUGCAGUGUCGCACGUCGAGAUCCUGCCAAAGAGGAUGGAGGCGACGAACGAGCUGAGCUGCUACCGCUACGCCGCAGUCAUCCACGCUCGACACUCCGGUACACCUCCACCGCAGGUCCUCGAUGUAGAGGCAUGGACCGACUUCGCCGCGGCGGGGCUCGACCGUGAGGGGUUGCGGCGUCUACUUCACACAUCCGCGGAGUCGCAACUGCUGGCGGUCAGCAACAUCGCCAACGACAAAACCGCCGUCGAGCGGCAUGUCAUUGACUCGCUGGAUGCCGAGGGUGAGGACGCACCGGUGGGCGAGAAGGGCGAUUGGCUGCUAUCUGCGCGCGAGUCGGCACGCCACUGCUGUGCUCUGUCCGCCCUUGACCUUGAGAACCUCGCCAGAGAGGCAGGCUUCCGGGUCGAGAUCAGCUGGGCCCGUCAGCGCUUCCUGCGAGGCGGCCUCGAUGCCGUCUUCCAUCGCAUGGAGGGCCUACGACCACUAUUCCGCUUCCCUACCGACCACGAGACGUGCCGGGAGGACUCGCUUGCCAAUCACCCGCUCCGCCGGCAGCUGAGCCAGAAGAUUGAGGGCCACCUCCGGGCGGCGCUGCAGGCGGCGCUCCCGGCCUACAUGGUGCCGUCGAGGAUCCGGGUCCUGGACCGAAUGCCUCUGAAUGCUAAUGGCAAGGUCGACCGGCGGGUGCUCGCGACGAAAGCGCUUGGCGAUGCGGCUGGGCGGGGCCCGCGAGAGGUGUUGCCUGCGCGUAACGACGUGGAACGUGCGCUCUGUGAGGAGUUCGGGCAUGUGCUUGGACUGGAGGUCGGGAUCACAGACAAUUUCUUCGAUCUCGGCGGCCAUUCUCUCAUGGCCACUCGCGUGGUGUCGCGUAUCAACCGGCGACACCAUACUACGAUCACAGUAAGAGACGUCUUUGACGCCCCGCGCGUGGCCGACCUGGCCGAGCGGCUGGCGCACACCCUGGGCGACACCACCUACGUGCCUAUUCCGCGCACCCAGCUCAGCGGGCCCGUCGUGCAAUCGUUUGCGCAGGGUCGCCUUUGGUUCCUCGACCGCCUGUACCCGGACUCCACUUGGUAUCUGAUGCCAUUCGCGACCCGGCUGCGCGGCCCCCUGCAGCUCGCGGCCCUUGCCAAGGCGCUGCAGGCGCUGGAAGAGCGACACGAGCCACUGCGCACCUUAUUCGGCCAGCAUCAGGGAACCGACGUGCAACUUAUCCGACCCUUUGUCGCCAGGCCUCUGCGCAACGUUAAUGUCCCUGGUGGUGACUGGACUACCCUGACACAAGUUCUUCAGGAAGAGCACACCACACCAUUCGACCUCGAGAGCGAGCCUGGAUGGCGCGUCGCCGUCUUCUCCCUGGGGCCGGAUGACCACGUGCUUUCUAUGGUGAUGCAUCACAUUAUCUCGGACGGAUGGUCUGUCGACGUCCUCCAACGGGAGCUGGCUAGCUUCUACGCCGCUGCGGUGCGCGGCGAGGAUCCACUAUUGCGAGUGAGCCCGCUGCCGAUUCAAUACCGCGAUUUCUCCGUCUGGCAGAGGCAGGCAGCCCAGGCUGAGGAGCAGCGGCGCCAGCUGGCGUACUGGAAGCAACAGCUGGAUGGUAGCCAGCCCGCGGAGCUGCUCAGCGACAAGCCACGGCCGGCCGUAUCGUCUGGCAAGGCGGGCGUCCACGAGGUCAUGAUCGAGGGCGCGUUAUACAAUAACCUCCAGGCCUUCUGCAAGACUCACCAAGCUACACCGUUUGCCGUGCUCCUCGCGGCCUUCCGGGCUACUCACUAUCGACUGACAGGAGUCGAAGACGCUACAAUCGGCACACCGAUCGCCAACCGGAAUCGACAGGAGCUUGAGGACCUGGUCGGCUUCUUUGUCAACAUGCAGUGUAUUCGGAUCCAUGUUCAAGAUGAGUCAUUCGAGGCGCUCGUUGACCAAGUGCUUGCAACGACCGCGGCCGCGGCCGCGCAUCAGGACCUGCCGUUUGAGAGGCUCGUUGCGGAGCUCCGCCCGGGGGCGCGUGACCUGUCCCGCCAUCCCCUGGUUCAGAACGUGUUUGCGGUCCACUCACAGAAAGACAUCGGGUAUCUCCGCCUCGAAGGAGUGCAGACAGAGCCGGUAGGAGAAACGACGUCUACCCGCUUCGACAGCGAGUUUCACUUUUUUACUGAACAAGGGCGCUUGCGCGGCACGAUCAUGUACGCCGAGGAUCUGUUCGAAGAGACAUCAGUCCGCAGCAUGGCGAGCGUGUUCCUGCAACUGCUUGAGCACGGCCUUCGGACUCCCUCGAUCGAGGUUGCUACUACUCCCUUGACGCACGGGCUCUCGGCCCUGCGGGAGCGCGGUCUGACAUACAUUGAGCGCACUGACUACCCGCGAGACUCGAGCGUGCCAGAGCUCUUCCGCCAACAGGUGUCAGCGUCCCCGGCCGCGAUUGCGGUGAAGGACUCUGUCACACAGCUCACAUACGCUGAGCUGGAUGAGCGCUCAGAUCGCGUGGCUUGCUGGCUCGCGCAGCGCGGCUUGGCGGCGGAGAGUAUCGUGGCGGUCUUGGCACCGCGCUCGUGCGAGACCAUCGUUGCCCUCGUCGGCAUCCUAAAAGCUAACCUGGCAUACCUGCCUCUAGACAGGCUGCUCCUGAUCGGUACCGGCGUCGAGCGCCCGACUACCCAGCUCGAGGAUGUCGCAUUCAUACCCAUCGCGGUCGCGCUAGAGCGCGCGCCCAAAGCUUGGAAGACUAUAGUGCCGCGGCUCUCAGCUCCCGGGGCCACCAGCCUAGCUUAUGUCAUGUUUACUUCCGGCUCGACGGGCCGGCCCAAGGGCGUGAUGGUCGAGCAUCGUAGCAUUGUCCGCCUGGUGAGGAACACAAAUGUAGUUCCGCAGCUGCAUGCCGCAACAAACGUGGCUCACGUCGCCAACCUUGCGUUUGACGCAGCCACGUGGGAGAUCUACGCCCCCUUGCUGAAUGGCGGUACCAUUAUCUGCAUAGAUCACUUUACCGUCCUUGACGUCCCGGCCCUCGGCCGCCUAUUCGAGGCCGAGGCCGUUCGAGCCGCCAUGCUGACUCCAGCGCUCCUAAAGCAGUGUUUGACCGAUGCACCUUCCGCGCUGUCGCUACUCAACACGCUCUUCGCUAUCGGAGACCGCUUCGAUCCGAGUGACGCGGACCAGGUCAGGCGCCUUGUCUCCGGCGACGUGAUCAACGGAUACGGCCCAACCGAGAAUACGACCUUUAGCGCCAUCUACCAUAUUCCGGCUCAUGAGCGGGGUGUCAACGGCAUACCGAUCGGCUGCGCUAUAAGUAACUCAGGAGCGCUUGUCAUGGACGCUCGGCAAAACCUGGUCCCACUCGGGGUGAUGGGCGAACUUGUGGUCACGGGUGAUGGCUUGGCCCGUGGCUACACUGACCCGACGCUUGAUCAAGACCGCUUCAUUGAGGUGACCGUGGACGGAGAGACAAUAAAGGCCUACCGCACGGGCGAUCGGGUCCGCCACCGCCCGACCGAUGGCCAGCUCGAGUUCUUCGGGCGGCUGGACCACCAGAUUAAGUUGCGUGGCAACAGAAUCGAGCUCGGCGAGGUCGAGCACGCUAUCCGGUGUGAUAGCGCUGUUGACGAAGCCGUCACGCUGCUACGUACUGCCGAAGGUGAAGACCCUGAGCUCGUUAGUUUCAUCACGCUCCACUCAGAUAAGACGCAAGCUCUGCCGAACGGACACACUUCGACUGCGGAUGAGGAGGCAGAACAGGUAGGAGCGUGGGCGGAUCAUUUUGACGCAGGUACCUAUGCCGACGUUGAGACCAUCGACCCAGCGCGCCUGGGUCGGGACUUCGUCGGCUGGACAUCUAUGUAUGAUGGAAGCACCAUUCACCGUGACGAGAUGAAUGAGUGGCUGGACGACACCAUGGCUGCCAUCGAGGCCGGUGGUCGACCAGCAAACGUCUGCGAGAUCGGCACCGGCACGGGCAUGAUCCUCUUCAACCUCCCCGACAGUCUGCAGAGCUACGUCGGACUCGAUCCAUCUGCCGCCGCCGUUGCGUUUGUGAAGCGCAUGGCCGCGGCACAUCCGACCUUCGCGGGCAAGGUGCAGCUACAUGUCGGCGCAGCCACCGACCUGGGGCAAAUAGGCCCACUGAACUCUCCAGACGUUAUUGUGAUUAACUCGGUGGCGCAGUACUUCCCGACUGCGGAGUAUUUGUCCGACACUGUGGCCCAGCUCCUACAAGUCGACGGAGUGCAGCGUGUGUUCUUCGGCGACAUACGCUCGUGGGCCCUGUACCGUGAGUUCGGCACUACCAAGGCACUACACGCGCUUGGAGAUGCCACGACAAAGGAAGCAGUCCGGGCGCAUCUAGCAAGCACUGAGGAGGCCGAGGAAGAGUUAUUGGUGGAUCCUGCCUUCUUCACUCGCCUGCCCGCCCUGCUACCCAAUGCAGUGUCGCACGUCGAGAUCCUGCCAAAGAGGAUGGAGGCGACGAACGAGCUGAGCUGCUACCGCUACGCCGCAGUCAUCCACGCUCGACACUCCGGUACACCUCCACCGCAGGUCCUCGAUGUAGACGCAUGGACCGACUUCGCCGCGGCGGGGCUCGACCGUGAGGGGUUGCGGCGUCUACUUCACACAUCCGCGGAGUCGCAACUGCUGGCGGUCAGCAACAUCGCCAACGACAAAACCGCCGUCGAGCGGCAUGUCAUUGACUCGCUGGAUGCCGAGGGUGAGGACGCACCGGUGGGCGAGAAGGGCGAUUGGCUGCUAUCUGCGCGCGAGUCGGCACGCCACUGCUGUGCUCUGUCCGCCCUUGACCUUGAGAACCUCGCCAGAGAGGCAGGCUUCCGGGUCGAGAUCAGCUGGGCCCGUCAGCGCUUCCUGCGAGGCGGCCUCGAUGCCGUCUUCCAUCGCAUGGAGGGCCUACGACCACUAUUCCGCUUCCCUACCGACCACGAGACGUGCCGGGAGGACUCGCUUGCCAAUCACCCGCUCCGCCGGCAGCUGAGCCAGAAGAUUGAGGGCCACCUCCGGGCGGCGCUGCAGGCGGCGCUCCCGGCCUACAUGGUGCCGUCGAGGAUCCGGGUCCUGGACCGAAUGCCUCUGAAUGCUAAUGGCAAGGUCGACCGGCGGGUGCUCGCGACGAAAGCGCUUGGCGAUGCGGCUGGGCGGGGCCCGCGAGAGGUGUUGCCUGCGCGUAACGACGUGGAGCGUGUGCUGUGUGAGGAGUUCGGGCAUGUGCUUGGACUGGAGGUCGGCAUCACAGACAACUUCUUUGACUUCGGCGGCCAUUCACUUAUGGCCACUCGCGUGGUUUCGCGCAUCAAUCGACGACUUCACACCACAAUCACGGUAAGAGACGUCUUCGAUGCCCCGCGCGUAGCCGACCUGGCCACGCUGGUGGCUCGAGCGCUCGGUGACACCACCUACGUGCCUAUUGUCCGCAAUCUACUCGAUGGACCCGUCGUACAGUCUUUUGCGCAGGGUCGCCUAUGGUUCCUCGACCGUCUUUACCCGGACUCCACUUGGUAUCUGAUGCCAUUCGCGACCCGGCUGCGCGGCCCCCUGCAGCUUGCGGCCCUUGCCAAGGCGCUGCAGGCGCUGGAAGAGCGACACGAGCCACUGCGCACCUUAUUCGGCCAGCAUCAGGGAACCGACGUGCAACUUAUCCGACCCUUCGUCGCCAGGCCUCUGCGCAACGUUGAUGUCCCUGGUGGUGACUGGACUACCCUGACACAAGCUCUUCGGGAAGAGCACACCACACCAUUCGACCUCGAGAGCGAGCCCGGAUGGCGCGUCGCCGUCUUCUCCCUGGGGCCGGAUGACCACGUGCUUUCCAUGGUGAUGCAUCACAUUAUCUCGGACGGAUGGUCUGUCGACGUCCUCCAACGGGAGCUGGCUAUCUUCUACGCCGCUGCGGUGCGCGGCGAGGAUCCACUAUUGCGAGUGAGCCCGCUGCCGAUUCAAUACCGCGAUUUCUCCGUCUGGCAGAGAGAGGCAACUCAAGCUGAGGAGCAGGAGCGUCAGCUGGCGUACUGGAAGCAACAGCUGGAUGGUAGCCAGCCCGCGGAGCUGCUCAGCGACAAGCCACGACCGGCCGUGUUGUCGGGCAAGGCGGGCGUGCACGAGCUCGUCAUUGAGGGUUCCUUGUACAAUCAAUUACACAACUUCUGCAAGACUCACCAAGCAACGCCCUUCGCCGUGCUCCUGGCGGCAUUCCGGGCGACUCACUACCGGCUCACAGGAGUGCAAGACGCCACAAUCGGCACACCAAUCGCCAACCGGAACAGACAGGAGCUUGAGGACCUGGUCGGCUUCUUUGUCAACAUGCAGUGCAUCCGGAUUCACGUGGAAGACGAGUCGUUCCAGUCGCUCGUCGGUCAAGUGCUUGCGACUACCGCGGCUGCGGCCGCACAUCAGGAUGUACCGUUCGAGAGGCUUGUGUCUGAGCUCCGGCGAGGGUCUCGUGACUUAUCUCGUCAUCCAUUGAUUCAGACCUUAUUUCAAGUAGAUACUCACGAAGAUAUUGGUUACCUUCGCCUCGAAGGUUUGCAGACAGAGCCAGUGGGAGGCACGAUUUCCACUCGCUUUGAUAUUGAGUUUCACUUCUUCACUGAACACAGGCGCUUGCGCGGUACGAUCAUAUAUGCCAAGGAUUUGUUUGAAGAGGCGUCAAUCCGUAGCAUGGCGAGUGUGUUUCUUGAACUACUCGAGCAGGGACUUCGGAAUCCCUCGAUCGAAGUUGCUAAUACUCCCUUGACGCAUGGGCUCUCGGGCCUGCGGGAGCGCGGUCUGACACGCAUUGAGCGCACCGAAUACCCACGAGACUCAAGCGUGCCAGAGCUCUUCCGCCAACAGGUGUCAGCGUCCCCGGCCGCGAUUGCGGUGAAGGACUCUGUCACACAGCUCACAUACGCUGAGCUGGAUGAGCGCUCAGAUCGCGUGGCUUGCUGGCUCGCGCAGCGAGGCUUGGCGGCGGAGAGUAUGGUGGCGGUCUUGGCGCCGCGCUCGUGCGAGACCAUCGUUGCCCUCGUCGGCAUCCUAAAAGCCAACCUAGCAUACGUGCCUCUAGAUAUCAACGCACCGACGGCCCGCCUGGACAGUAUUCUGAUGGCAGUGACCGGGGAGAGGCUGAUUCUGAUCGGUGCUGAUGUCAACCGACCAGCCACCUCGCUGGAUGGUGUCGCAUUCGUACCCAUCUCAGCGGCGCUGGAGCGCGCACCCGACGACUGGCGGACCAUGGCGCAGCUGCUAGAGGCCCCCAGGGCCAGGAGCCUCGCGUAUGUCAUGUUCACCUCCGGGUCGACGGGCCGACCCAAGGGGGUGAUGGUGGAGCAUCGCAGCAUCGUUCGGCUUGUGAAGGAAACAAACCUGAUGUCCACUACUCAUGCUGCUGCAAACAUGGCUCAUCUAUCAAAUCUCGCAUUCGAUGCAGCAACUUGGGAAAUAUAUACACCACUUCUUAAUGGUGGAACCAUAACAUGCAUCGACUACUACACAACUUUGGACAUCGCUGCCCUUAGCAGAAAAAUACAAGAAGAGGAUAUUAAAUCAGCAUUCUUAUCCACUGCCUUGUUCAAGGACAGACUCAAAGAUAUGACUAUCGCUAUUGGAGCAUUGCAAAAUCUGUUCGCGGGCGGUGAAAGAAUGAGACCAGAAGACGCUGCGCGUGCCUCUCGACUGCUUAAAGGCGGCUUCUACCACGUCUACGGGCCGACCGAAAACACAACCUAUAGUACAAUAUGCAAGAUCUCUUACAGUGAGCCAUACGCCAAUGGAGUCCCAAUUGGUGGGGCUAUUAGCAACUCCGGAGCGGUCGUCAUGGACUCGCGACAACGUCUGGUCCCCCUCGGGGUGAUGGGCGAGCUCGUGGUCACGGGUGACGGCUUGGCCCGCGGCUACACUGACCCGGCGCUUGAUCAAGACCGCUUCAUUGAGGUGACCGUGGACGGAGAGACAAUAAAGGCCUACCGCACGGGCGAUCGGGUCCGCUACCGCCCGACCGAUGGCCAGCUCGAGUUCUUCGGGCGACUGGACCACCAGGUCAAGCUGCGUGGGAACAGAAUCGAGCUCGGCGAGGUCGAGCACGCCCUACAACGCAACAGUGCAGUGGACGAAGCCGUCGCGCUGCUGCGAACUGCUGAAGGUCAAGACCCCGAACUUGUUAGCUUCAUAACGCUCCACGCCGGUGAGACAACGGUAGACACGGACUCGGCGGCUAAUCACUUUCGACGGGAUACCGAAGACGACCUUCGCGCGGCGCUGCAGGCGACACUGCCAGCCUAUAUGGUGCCGGCAAGGAUCCAGGUCCUGGACCAGAUGCCUCUGAAUGCUAAUGGCAAGGUCGACCGGGGCGCGCUGGAGACGAGGGCGCUGGGCGACGCGGUUGAGCGUGGCCCGCGAGAGGUGGUGCCUGCGCGCAAUGACGUGGAGCGCGCGCUGUGCGAGGAGUUCGGGCAUGUGCUCGAGCUGGAGGUCGGCAUCACGGACAAUUUCUUCGACCUUGGCGGUCAUUCGCUCAUGGCCACUCGCGUGGUGUCGCGCAUCAAUCGACGACUUCACACCACAAUCACGGUAAGAGACGUCUUCGAUGCCCCGCGCGUAGCCGACCUGGCCGUUCGAGCGGCGCGCGCGCUCGGUGCCACCCCCUACGUGCCUAUUCCGCGCACCCAGUUCGGUGGACCCGUAGUCCAGUCCUUUGCGCAGGGCCGUCUCUGGUUCCUCGACCGCCUGUACCCGGACUCCACUUGGUAUCUAAUGCCAUUCGCGACCCGGCUGCGUGGUCCCCUGCAGCUUUCGGCGCUUGAGAAGGCGCUGCAGACGCUGGAAGAGCGCCAUGAGCCACUACGCACUGUGUUCGGCCAGCGCAAGGGAACCGACGUACAGCUCGUCCGACCCUUCGUCGCCCGAUCCCUGCGCGCAGUCAAUGUCCCCGGCGGUGACUGGACUGCCCUGACGCGAGCUCUCCGCGAAGAGCACACCAUACCGUUCGAUCUCGAGAACGAACCUGGAUGGCGCGUCGCCAUCUUCUGCCUGGGGCCGGAUGACCACGUACUUUCCAUGGUGAUGCAUCACAUUGUAUCCGACGGAUGGUCUGUGGACAUCCUGCAACGGGAGCUGGCUAGCUUCUACGCCGCUGCGGUGCGCGGCGAGGAUCCACUGUUGCAAGUGAGCCCGCUGCCUAUUCAGUACCGCGAUUUUUCUGUCUGGCAGAGAGAGGCAGCACAGGCCGAGGAGCAAGAGCGUCAGCUGGCGUACUGGAAGCAACAGCUGGAUGGUAGCCAGCCCGCAGAGAUGCUCAGCGACAAGCCACGGCCGGCUGUAUCGUCUGGCAAGGCGAGCGUUCACGAGGUCAUGAUCGAGGGAGCGCUGUACAACAACCUUCACGCCUUCUGUAAGACUCACCAAGCAACGCCCUUCGCCGUCCUUCUGGCGGCAUUCCGGGCGACUCACUACCGGCUCACAGGAGUCGAAGACGCCACGAUCGGCACGCCGAUCGCCAACCGGAACCGGCAGGAGCUUGAGGACCUGGUCGGCUUCUUCGUCAACAUGCAGUGCAUCCGAAUCCACGUGGAAUCCGAGUCGUUCGAGUCGCUCGUUGCACAGGUGCUUGCAACGACCGCGGCCGCGGCCGCACAUCAGGACCUGCCGUUCGAGAGGCUCGUUGCUGAGUUACGCCCGGGGGCGCGUGACCUGUCGCGCCAUCCCCUAGUGCAGAGCGUGUUUGCUGUUCACUCACAGAAAGAUAUUGGCUAUUUACGUCUCGAAGGCCUGCAGACAGAGCCGGUGGGAGACACCAGCUCCACCCGCUUCGAUAUCGAGUUCCAUUUCUUCACUGAGCACGGGCGCCUGCGGGGCACCAUCAUGUACGCCGAGGAUCUAUUCGAAGAGGCGUCAGUUCGUAACAUGGCGAGCGUGUUCCUGGGACUACUCGAGGAGGGACUUCGGGAUCCCUUGAUCGAAGCUGCUACGGCACCGCUGACACACGUCGUGUCAUCCCUGCUCGAGCUUAGUAUGAAUGGUAUCAAGCGCACAGACUACCCGCGAGACUCAAGCGUGCCCGAGCUCUUCCGCCAACAGGUGUCAGCGUCCCCGGCCGCGAUUGCGGUGAAGGACUCUGUCACACAGCUCACAUACGCUGAGCUGGAUGAGCGCUCAGAUCGCGUGGCUUGCUGGCUCGCGCAGCGCGGCUUAGCGGCGGAGAGUAUUGUGGCGGUCUUGGCGCCGCGCUCGUGCGAGACCAUCGUUGCCCUCGUCGGCAUCCUAAAAGCUAACCUGGCAUACCUGCCUCUAGACGUCAACGCACCGACGGCCCGCCUAGACAGUAUUCUGACAGCGGUGACCGGGGAGAGGCUGCUCCUGAUCGGUACCGGCGUCGAGCGCCCGGCUACCCAGCUCGAGGAUGUCGCAUUCAUACCCAUCGCGGUCGCGCUAGAGCGCGCGCCCAAAGCUUGGAAGACUAUAGUGCCGCGGCUCUCAGCUCCCGGGGCCACCAGCCUAGCUUAUGUCAUGUUUACUUCCGGCUCGACGGGCCGGCCCAAGGGCGUGAUGGUCGAGCAUCGUAGCAUUGUCCGCCUGGUGAGGAACACAAAUGUAGUUCCGCAGCUGCAUGCCGCAACAAACGUGGCUCACGUCGCCAACCUCGCGUUUGACGCAGCCACGUGGGAGAUCUACGCCCCCUUGCUGAAUGGCGGUACCAUUAUCUGCAUAGAUCACUUUACCGUCCUUAACGUCCCGGCCCUCGGCCGCCUAUUCGAGGCCGAGGCCGUUCGAGCCGCCAUGCUGACUCCAGCGCUCCUAAAGCAGUGUUUGACCGAUGCACCUUCUGCGCUGUCGCUACUCAACACGCUCUUCGCUAUCGGAGACCGCUUCGAUCCGAGUGACGCGGACCAGGUCAGGCGCCUUGUCUCCGGCGACGUGAUCAACGGAUACGGCCCAACCGAGAAUACGACCUUUAGCGCCAUCUACCAUAUUCCGGCUCAUGAGCGGGGUGUCAACGGCAUACCGAUCGGCUGCGCUAUAAGUAACUCAGGAGCGCUUGUCAUGGACGCUCGGCAAAACCUGGUCCCACUCGGGGUGAUGGGCGAGCUUGUGGUCACGGGUGAUGGCUUGGCCCGUGGCUACACUGACCCGGCGCUUGAUCAAGACCGCUUCAUUGAGGUGACCGUGGACGGAGAGACAAUAAAGGCCUACCGCACGGGCGAUCGGGUCCGUCACCGCCCGACCGAUGGCCAGCUCGAGUUCUUCGGGCGGCUGGACCACCAGAUCAAGCUGCGUGGCAACAGAAUCGAGCUCGGCGAGGUCGAGCACGCCCUUCUACGCGACAGUGCAGUGGACGAAGCCGUCACGCUGCUACGUACUGCUGAAGGUGAAGACCCCGAGCUCGUUAGUUUCAUCACGCUCCACUCAGAUAAAACGCAAGCUCUGCCGAACGGACACACUUCGACUGCGGAUGAGGAAGCGGAACAGGUAGGAGCGUGGGCGGAUCACUUUGACGCAGGCACCUAUGCCGACGUUGAGACCAUCGACCCAGCGCGCCUGGGUCGGGACUUCGUCGGCUGGACAUCUAUGUAUGAUGGAAGCACCAUUGACCGUGGCGAGAUGAAUGAGUGGCUGGACGACACCAUGGCUGCCAUCGAGGCCGGUGGUCGACCAGCAAACGUCUGCGAGAUCGGCACCGGCACGGGUAUGAUCCUCUUCAACCUCCCCGACAGUCUGCAGAGCUACGUCGGACUCGAUCCAUCUGCCGCCGCCGUUGCGUUUGUGAAGCGCAUGGCCGCGGCACAUCCGACCUUCGCGGGCAAGGUGCAGCUACAUGUCGGCGCAGCCACCGACCUGGGGCAAAUAGGCCCACUGAACUCUCCAGACGUUAUUGUGAUUAACUCGGUGGCGCAGUACUUCCCGACUGCGGAGUAUUUGUCCGACACUGUGGCCCAGCUCCUACAAGUCGACGGAGUGCAGCGUGUGUUCUUCGGCGACAUACGCUCGUGGGCUCUGUACCGUGAGUUCGGCACUACCAAGGCGCUACACGCGCUUGGAGAUGCUACGACAAAGAAAGCAGUCCAGGCGCAUCUAGCGAGCACCGAGGAGACCGAGGAAGAGUUGUUAGUGGAUCCUGCCUUCUUCACUCGCCUGCCCGCCCUGCUACCCAAUGCAGUGUCGCACGUCGAGAUUCUGCCAAAGAGGGUGAAGGCGACGAACGAGCUGAGUUGCUACCGCUACGCCGCAGUCAUCCACGGGCGACACUCCGGUACACCUCCACCGCAGGUCCUCGAUGUCGACGCAUGGACUGAUUUCACCGCGGCGGGGCUUGACCGUGAGGGGUUGCGACGUCUACUUCACACAUCCGCGGAGUCGCAACUGCUGGCGGUCAGCAACAUCGCCAACGCCAAAACCGCCGUCGAGCGGCAUGUUAUUGACUCGCUGGAUACCGAGGCCGUGGACGCACCGGUGGGUGAGAAUGGCGAUUGGCUGUCAUCUGCGCGCGAGUCCGCACGCCACUGCUGUGCUCUGUCCGCCCUUGACCUUGACAACCUCGCCAGAGAGGCAGGCUUCCGGGUCGAGAUCAGCUGGGCCCGUCAGCGCUCCCUCCGGGGCGGCCUCGAUGCCGUCUUCCAUCGCUUGGAGGGCCUACGACCACUAUUCCGCUUCCCUACCGACCACGAGACCUGCCGGGAGGACUCGCUUGCCAAUCACCCGCUCCGCCGGCAGCUGAGCCAGAAGAUCGAGGGCCACCUCCGGGCGGCGCUGCAGGCGGCGCUCCCGGCCUACAUGGUGCCGUCGAGGAUCCGGGUCCUGGACCGAAUGCCUCUGAAUGCUAAUGGCAAGGUCGACCGGCGGGUGCUCGCGGCGAAAGCGCUUGGCGAUGCGGCUGGGCGGGGCCCGCGAGAGGUGUUGCCUGCGCGUAACGACGUGGAGCGUGCGCUGUGCGAAGAGUUCGGGCAUGUGCUUGGGCUGGAGGUCGGCGUCACGGACAAUUUCUUUGACCUCGGCGGCCAUUCACUCAUGGCCACUCGCGUGGUGUCGCGCAUCAAUCGGCGACUCCAUACUACGAUCACAGUAAGAGACGUCUUUGACGCCCCGCGCGUAGCCGACCUAGCUGGGCGGCUGGCGCACGCCCGGGGCGACACCACCUACGUGCCUAUUCCGCGCACCCAGCUCAGCGGGCCCGUCGUGCAAUCUUUCGCGCAGGGUCGCCUCUGGUUCCUCGAGCGCCUGUACCCGGACGCUACCUGGUAUCUGAUGCCAUUCGCGACCCGGCUGCGUGGUCCCCUGCAACUUUCGGCGCUUAAUAAAGCGCUACAGGCGCUGGAAGAGCGCCAUGAGCCACUGCGUACUGUGUUCGGCCAGCGCGAGGGAGCUGGCGUACAGCUUGUCCGACCCUUCGUCGCCCGCUCCCUGCGCACCGUUAAUAUCCCCGGCGGCGACUGGACCGCCCUGACACAAGCUCUGCGGGAAGAGCACACCACACCGUUCGAUCUCCAGAGCGAGCCCGGAUGGCGGGCCACCGUCUUCUGCCUCGGUCCCCAUGACCAUGUGUUGUCCAUGGUGAUGCACCACAUUAUCUCGGACGGAUGGUCUGUCGACGUCCUACAGCGUGAACUGGCUAGCUUCUACGCCGCUGCGGUGCGCGGCGAGGAUCCACUAGAGAGGGCAGCACAGGCCGAGGAGCAGGAGCGUCAGCUGUCGUACUGGAAGCAACAGCUAGAUGGUAGCCAGCCGGCGGAGCUGCUCAGCGACAAGCCACGGCCGGCCGUAUUGUCGGGCAAGGCGGGCGUGCAUCAGGUCAUGAUCGAGGGUGCCUUAUACAAUAACCUCCACGCCUUCUGUAAGACUCACCAAGCCACACCCUUUGCUGUGCUCCUCGCGGCGUUCCGGGCGACUCAGUAUCGGCUUACAGGAGUCGAAGACGCAACGAUCGGCACGCCGAUCGCCAACCGGAACCGGCAGGAGCUUGAGGACCUGAUUGGCUUCUUUGUCAACAUGCAGUGCAUCCGGAUUCACGUGGAAGACGAGUCGUUCCAGUCGCUCGUUGCGCAAGUGCUUGCGACGACCGCGGCCGCGGCCGCGCAUCAGGAUGUACCGUUUGAGAGGCUCGUUGCAGAGCUCCGCCCAGGUUCGCGUGAUCUAUCGCGCCAUCCCCUGGUGCAGAACGCUUUUGCGGUUCACUCACAGAAAGAUAUUGGGUAUCUACGUCUUGAAGGCGUGCAGACAGAGCCAGUUGGAGACACCAGCUCUACCCGCUUCGAUAUCGAGUUCCACUUCUUCACCGAGCACGGGCGCCUGCGGGGCACCAUCAUGUACGCCGAGGAUCUAUUCGAAGAGGCGUCAGUCCGUAGCAUAGCGAGCGUGUUCUUGGAACUACUCGAGCAGGGACUUCGGGAUCCCUCGAUCGCGGUGGCUACUGCGCCGCUGACGCACGGGUCCUCGGCCCUGCGGGAGCUCGGUCUGACACGCAUUGAGCGCACCGACUACCCGCGAGACUCAAGCGUGCCCGAGCUUUUCCGCGAGAAGGUGUCAGCGUGCCCGGAGGUGAUUGCAAUCAAAGAUUCAGUCACACAGCUCACAUAUGCUGAGCUGGACGAGCGCUCAGAUCGCGUGGCUUGUUGGCUCGCGCAGCGAGGCUUGGCGGCGGAGAGCCUAGUGGCGGUUUUGGCGCCGCGCUCGUGCGAGACCGUCGUUGCUCUCAUCGGCAUCUUGAAGGCCAACCUAGCUUACCUUCCGCUAGACGUGAACGUGCCUCUAGGCCGCUUAGAGAGCAUUUUUAAGGCGGUGGCUGGGGAAAAGCUGGUCCUGAUCGGCACCGAGGUCGAGCGGCCGGCCACCCAGCUCGAGGAUGUCUCAUUCGUACCCAUUUUAGAGGCACUGGAGCGCGCGCCCGAUGGCUGGCGCACCAUGGCGCCACUGCUGGCGUCCCCGGGGGCCACUAGCCUCGCGUAUGUCAUGUUUACCUCUGGCUCGACCGGCCGGCCGAAGGGGGUGAUGGUCGAACACCGCGGCAUUGUCCGCCUUGUGAGGAAUACCAAUCUACAUACGACGGAGCAGGCCGCUGUACGUGUUGCUCAUGUGACAACGCUGAGCUUCGAUUUAUCUACAUGGGAGAUCUAUGCGCCUUUGUUGAACGGCGGCACUAUCAUAUCUAUAGAUCAUCUUACUGUCCUCGAUGCUCCGGCCCUUGGCCGUGUGCUUCAAACAGAGGCUAUCCGUGCUGCCAUCUUCACUCCAGCACUCGUAAAGCAGUGUCUAACCGAUGCUCCAGCAAGUCUGUCCAACCUUACCACGCUGCUCGUUUGUGGAGAGCGCUUUGACGCACGGGAUGCGCAGAAUGCGAGCCGACUAGUGACAGGCAAGGUCGUUAAUGCCUACGGGCCGACAGAGAACGCCGUUGUUAGUACCAUUUUCAACGUUGAGGCAGAAGACAAGACCGCGAACGGGCUGCCAAUCGGCGCAAGCAUCUCCAACUCAGGAGCCCUCGUCAUGGACGCACGGCAAUGCCUGGUCCCACUCGGAGUGAUGGGCGAACUCGUCGUCAUAGGCGACGGCUUGGCCCGCGGCUACACUGACCCGGCGCUCAAUCAAGACCGCUUUGUCGAAGUGACCGUGGACGGAGAGAUAAUAAAGGCCUACCGCACGGGCGAUCGGGUCCGCCACCGCCCGACCGAUGGCCAGCUCGAGUUCUUCGGGCGAUUGGACCACCAGAUCAAGUUGCGUGGCAACAGAAUCGAGCUCGGCGAGGUCGAGCACGCUAUCCGGCGCGACAGCGCUGUUGACGAAGCCGUCGCGCUGCUACGUACUGCCGAAGGUGAAGACCCCGAGCUCGUCAGCUUCAUCACGCUGUACCCCGAUCAAGCGCAAGCAGGGGAAGACGGUAUCAAUGUUGGUGAGUAUGAAGCGGUGGAACAGGUGCUGGGAUGGACAGGUCGUUUUGAUCAGGGCACUUAUGCCAGCAUUGACACCAUCGACCCAGCACGCCUGGGUCGGGACUUUGUCGGCUGGACAUCCAUGUAUGAUGGAAGCACCAUUGACCGUGGUGAGAUGAAUGAGUGGCUGGACGACACCAUGGCUGCCAUCGAGGCCGGCGGUCAUCCAGCAAACGUCUGCGAGAUCGGUACCGGCACGGGCAUGAUCCUCUUCAACCUCCCCGACAGUCUGCAGAGCUACGUUGGGCUCGAUCCGUCUGCCACCGCCGUUGCGUUUGUGAAGCGCAUGGCCGCGGCACAUCCGACCUUCGCGGGCAAGGUGCAGCUGCAUGUCGGCGCAGCCACCGACCUGGGGCAAAUAGGCCCACUGAACUCUCCAGACGUUAUUGUGAUUAACUCGGUGGCGCAGUACUUCCCGACUGCGGAGUAUUUGUCCGACACUGUGGCCCAGCUCCUACAAGUCGACGGAGUGCAGCGUUCCGGACGCAUCUCAGCGAGCACCGAGGAGGCCGAGGAAGAGUUGUUGGUGGAUCCUGCCUUCUUCACUCGCCUGCCCGCCCUGCUACCCAAUGCAGUGUCGCACGUCGAGAUCCUGCCAAAGAGGGUGAAGGCGACGAACGAGCUGAGCUGCUACCGCUAUGCCGCAGUCAUCCACGCUCGACACUCCGGUACACCUCCACCGCAGGUCCUCGAUGUAGAGGAAUGGACCGACUUCACCGCGGCGGGGCUUGACCGUGAGGGGUUGCGACGUCUACUUCAUACGUCCGCGGAGUCACAACUGCUGGCGGUCAGCAACAUCGCCAACGUCAAAACCGCCGUCGAGCGGCAUGUCAUUGACUCGCUGGAUGCUGAGACCGAGGACGCACCGGUGGGCGAGAAGGGCGAUUGGCUGCUAUCUGCGCGCGAGUCGGCACGCCACUGCUGUGCUCUGUCCGCCCUUGACCUUGACAACCUCGCCAGAGAGGCAGGCUUCCGGGUCGAGAUCAGCUGGGCCCGUCAGCGCUCCCUCCGGGGCGGCCUCGAUGCCGUCUUCCAUCGCAUGGAGGGCCUGCGACCACUAUUCCGCUUCCCUACCGACCACGAGACCUGCCGGGAGGACUCGCUUGCCAAUCAUCCGCUGCGCCGGCAGCUGAGCCAGAAGAUCGAGGGCCACCUCCGGGCGGCGCUGCAGGCGGCGCUCCCGGCCUACAUGGUGCCGUCCAGAAUCCAAGUCCUGGACCGAAUGCCUCUGAACGCCAACGGUAAAGUCGACCGACGUGCGCUGGCGACGAGGGCGCUAGGAGACGCGACAGGACGGGGCCCACGAGAGGUGGUUCCUGCGCGCAACGACGUGGAGCGCGCGCUGUGCGAAGAGUUUGGGCAUGUGCUCGGGCUAGAGGUCGGCAUCACGGACAAUUUCUUCGACCUCGGCGGCCAUUCGCUCAUGGCGGCGAAGCUCGUUUCGCGAAUCGCCUCCCGUUUGCACUUACGAACCUCUGUCAAAGAUCUCUUUGACUACUCUGUCGUGGUUGACUACGCAGCCAAGAUUCAGUCCGGCUUAAGCGGCGGUGAGCAUGCCGCAGUGCAUGAUAGUGCUCCCUUCGCGCUGCUUGUCAAUAUGUGA